GAUUAUCGAUGAGUAAUGACCAAAGGUCACGUGACGAUAGCACUUUGGUCCCAAAGCACGCCCUGUCAGCCCGCCUGCGAUAAAGAGAUAAAUCUGAGCAGGAACACAAAAGAUCAGUGAAGGAAGAUGGACGAGGAAGAAGAGAUUGCGACUGCGCUUUCAGGAAAUGCGUUUGACGUGCUGCCGCCGACCGACGCCGUCGCCGAGGAUCUGCCGUUCGAGCCCAAGUACGCGCUGAUAGAACGUCGGGAGCGCGAAGAAGACAAUCUCAAGCUCGGCUCAGGCGCGCGAUUCACAGAGCUUUGCGAGGCCUGUCGCCGAGGCGAUCUCGAACAAGUCGAUAACCUCGUCACGACCUUUGGAGUUGACGUCAAUGCGAUCGACGAGUGGGACUACACGCCGCUCAUUCUGGCUUCGCUCUGCGGCCACGAGGCGGUCGUUCUCUACCUGCUCGAGCACGGUGCCGUCGCCGACCGCGACACUUUCCAGGGCGAGCGCUGUAUCUACGGUGCUCUCAACGACUCAAUCCGUAAGCUGCUUCUCAGGUUUGACGUCUCCAAAGCUGUCGAUGCUGCCCAGCCGUUUGCUGCACACUUCGCCGGUCUGUUGCGCAUACACGAGCCCGACACUGUCGACCUGCGCUUCUCCCACCCCGACCUCGACGCGCCUCUCGAAGCUCACCGAUUCGUUCUUUCCGCCCGGUCACCAGUACUGCGUCGCCGCCUUACCGGACCCUGGCGCUCAAAAUUUACCGUCCCGCUCGCGCUCUCAACCGAUCCGAGGGCAUUCGAGGUCGUCCUCCGUUUCCUCUAUGUCUCGGACAUCUCUGCAACCCCUCCAGAUCUGCUACCUGCAGUCCGUGCUGCUGCUCGAAAACUCGAACUUCCCGCUCUUUCUGAAGCUUUGUCACCUGCUUCAGCAGAUCUCUCGACCCGCCGUCGUCGUGAAAUGCGCACUUUGGAAAUGCACAACGCCCAGGACGAUUUCGAACAUUUCGUUCGCAACGACGUCAUCGCUUCUGCUAUCGUUGUCUCGAGAGAGAAAUUCCAGUCUGAUAAAGAGUCUGCAUGCCGCGUGCCCAUCAACUCGACCGCGGACAUCCUCCUAGCUGUCGACGACAGCAACGAGUCCGGCGUUGUGCUUUUCCCCACACAUCGCGCUGUGCUCAUACGAUCCGAGUACUACCUCACAAUGUUCAACUCGUCUUUCGCCGAAGGUGCUUACACCGCACCAUCACCAGCCACCGGAUCCGAAUUCCGUCAACUACCGGUCAUCUCUCUCGCUGCUUCUCGCGAAGUUGCCGAGAUCAUUCUCACAUUCAUCUACGCCGAUCGAGUUGACAUCCCCGGCCAGCUCGCUCUUGAUGUCCUCUACUGCGCGGACGAGCUCCUGAUAGACAAACUAAAAUCCCUCGCCUCCAUCGCACUUUCCUCAGACGACAACGUUCUUUUCGCGGAUAUAUACGACAUCCUCCGUGCAGGCUGGGCGACUCGAAUGGACCGCCUCGAACGUUUCGCCGCAAAGUACUUUGCUAACAACCUCGCCCACUUCAUCGUCCAGCCGGAAUUUGCCGAGAUCGUCGCCGAAAGUGCUCGCCGUAUCCGGUCUCGCGAUGAAACCGAUACCAUCGAGCUUAUCGAUGAUGUCAGAUUCUAUCUUGCCCAAAAGUUUGGCAUCAUUUUCGAGGAUGACUUCCACGCGGACUCUGUGGAUCCGGUCACCGGUAAGAUCCAAGAAAGUGCCUGGCGCAAAAUCACAAAGUACGAGCAACAGUACAACUCUCAGCUCGAUCUUAUCGACAGUCUACUAGAGAGGUUGGAUCUCGACGCUUGAAUGAUCAUAUUAAUUUUAUUUAUCCUGUAAUAUAUUACAAUCUAUAUCAAACAUU